UAGAUGUGGUCAACUUGACACAUUAUCAUUAUACAGUUUUAUACGCUUAAAGUGGUGAUAACAGUGCGCGACAUUUUUAACGCGAUAUGACAUCGAUGAUGAAGAUUUUCCGACCCUGGACAGAAGCUGACGAAAAAAAUGCCAAAGCAGAGGAUGAUUCGAAGAUGGAAAUUAUCAGAGAUUCGGCUUUUACCAGAGUACCGGAGCCACAUCCGGUUAAUCAGGUCGAUUUCCCAAUUUAUGACGGAUUACCUUACGUGUUCGCUAACGGAGAUGUAUACGCUGGCGCCGGUGUUGGCGGCUUUGAUGACUGGAAUUUUCACUCGUUACCAUUUACUGCUGCGGAAACCAUGGCGCAAAAUUUAAGUUAUCUGGAUCCGGCCUAUUUGAGUAUGGCUUUUCCUGAAAUCUACGGCAGUAAAAUAGCCAAGUUGAAGCAGAGACCGAAGAAGUUCCGGUGUCCGCAUUGUAAAGUGUCGUUUAGUAAUAAUGGACAGCUCAAGGGUCACGUGAGAAUACAUACUGGUGAAAGACCUUUCAAAUGUGAUUCAGAAAAAUGCGGCAAAAGUUUCACUAGAAACGAAGAAUUAACCAGACACAAAAGGAUUCACACUGGUUUACGUCCCUAUCCUUGCGAUCAAUGCGGUAAACGAUUCGGCCGAAAGGAUCACCUAAAGAAGCACAUAAAGACACAUUUUCCGCAACCGCGAUUCUUGGACGCUAAUUUGGUCUCUUUGUAUCCGAUUUUGUUCGGAUAUUAGCGACGAGCCUACCUUGAUUUCGAUAUAUUUUCGCAACCUUACCUAUAAAAUAAGUAUAAACAGAGAUUUUAAGACUGACAAGUGAAUAGAAAAAAUGUAUCGACUUAUGUAGGUCGGUAAGUUGAUUUUCGACUUUUGAGAAAUAUUUUUAAUUUCAACUUUCAUUAUUAUUAUUAUUUUUGUGAUACCUAUAAUAUUUUUUUGUAUUUUUAUACACUUUUUCUUAGUCGAGACUUUUGUAUUUUUUGUAUUUUUUUCAAGCUUAAGAUUUUGUAUUUACUUUUGUUUGUGUGUG